CAACUAACAAUAAUUGAGAAAGUUACUGUAAACAUGCCAAUACAAAAGCUUACGAUUUGUCAGAGAAGACCUCCACGUCUACGCGGAAUAAUUGUUAAUGCUCCUUUCUUCAUAACCAAUUAUACUAGCCUAGAUAAGAUUACCAGUUCCUGGCUGCAUAAAACCUUCCAUCAAAAAAACCAUCUUGAUCUCAACACUGAAUCCAAGGCAGCAAAAAUGGCUGACGCUCUUAUUAGUUCAACAAUUCAGGUCACCUUGGAAAUGGCACUGUCUCUUGCCUCUGAUAGGAUUGGUAUGUUAGUUGGAUUCGAGGAGGAUUUGGCCAGCAUGACCCGUUCUCUACGCUUGAUCAAAGCUUUCUUGACUGAUGCUGAGGAAAGGCAGCAUAACCAGGAGACGGCAGUGCAAGAAUGGUUGAAGAGUCUCGAGGAGGUUGCUUAUGAUGCUGACAACGUGUUGGAUGAGCUUCACUAUGAAUCUCUUCGUCACCAGGUGGAGUCCCGAAACCGACACAAGCAAAAGGUAUGCUGCUUCUUCUCCUUCUCUAACAUUAAUCUUGCUUUUCGUUGGAGGAUGGCUUCUAAGGUCAGGGACAUCAAAGUUAAGUUGAAUGGCAUCUAUCAAGAUGCCCAUGGAUUGGGACUGGUCAGUAGGCCAGUCUUGACAGCUACCCUCCCUGCUGCUCCUGCUGCUGGAGACACAAGAAAUCGGCAGACCGACUCAGUUGUUGCUCCAAUGGUUGGAAGAGCCGAUGAUGAAUCAAAGAUAGUGAAGAUGCUGUUGAGCCCGUCUGAGAAGGUUGUUUCUGUUCUUCCCAUAAUUGGUAUGGGAGGUCUAGGCAAAACAACUUUGGCUAAAUCGAUAUACAACAAUCAGCAAAUUGAUGGGCACUUCGACAAAAAGGUUUGGGUUUGUGCAUCAAAAAAAGUUCCAAUAGAGGAGCUUUUCAAACUCAUAUUAGUGCAUUUGACAAAAGAAAAGGUUGAAGUAGAUGUUAGGGAAGUCAUCGUUGAAAAAAUUCAGAAUCAACUUGGGGGAAAAAGAUAUCUCCUAGUUCUUGAUGAUGUGUGGGAUGAUAAUCAUGCAUUGUGGGAUGACCUUUUCACCACCUUGAAAGGACUCAAUCCAACUGAUGGAAGCUGGUGUCUUGUCACUACUCGUAGUGGUCAGGUGGCAGGUAUUGUGUCUGGAGCUUUGAUGAUGGAUGAUGAAGCCUAUGCCUUAGGAAGGCUACCUGAUGAUCUUUGCUGGUCUAUCCUAAAAGAAAAAGUAGUUGGAGGGGGAGAAGUACCUUACGAACUAAAAGCAAUUAAAGAGAGAGUAAUCAAAAGAUGUGAUGGUCUACCAUUGGCUGCAAGUGUAAUCGGAGGUCUAUUACGUUUAAAGAGAAAAGAGGAGUGGCAAUCAAUUUUGGAGAAUAGGCUUUUGAGUUUUAGUGGAGAUGAAGAUCGUGUCAUGCAAAUACUUAAGUUGAGUUUUGAUAAUUUGCCAUCUCCAUACAUUAAGAAAUGUUUUGCAUAUUGGUCUAUAUUUCCUAAGGAUAGUGAGAUAGAAAGGAAUAUGCUUAUCGAACUUUGGAUGGCAGAAGGUUUCCUCCAAGCAGAUGUCAACAGCCAAAUGAUGAUGGAGGAAAUUGGAAUGAAUUAUCUGAGAAUUUUAUUGCAGAGUUCAUUGUUUGAAGAAAUAAGAUAUGAUUGGAAAACAUAUUAUAAGAUGCAUGAUUUGGUGCAUGACCUUGCAGAGUCAAUGUCAAAGUCUACCAAAGUCAUUAAUAAUGGGGAUACAUAUACAGUAGACAACGAUAAUCAGAUUCGUUACCUUACAAUAGACUCAUUUGUUGGUGCAGAAGACAGAGAAAAACUUUUGGAGAGUCUAUCAGCUUCGCUUCAUACAUUGUUUGUAAAGGGUGACUUAUCUGAUGACAUGUUAAUGAAGUUGAAGAACUUGUAUGUUUUGAAUUUGUCUCGUGGAGAAAUUGAGGAGUUGCCAAUCUCAAUUGGCAAAUUGAUGCAUUUGCGGUGUGUUGACCUUUCGGAAUCUGCAAUCCGUAUUUUGCCGGAUUCCCUUUGCAAGCUUUAUAAUCUGCAAACAUUGACGCUGAGUUACUCAGCGGUUGAUGAUCUUCCGAAGAGCAUGUCCAAUUUGAUUAGCUUGAGACAUCUUCAUUAUUACAAAAGUGAUAAAGAAUUUCAAAUGCCGCUAGACAUGGGACGACUAAUUUGCCUUCAAACACUAAAGUUCUUUAAUGUGGGUCGAGAGAAGGGUAGACAAGUUAGAGAGCUUGGAUGCUUGAAAAACCUCAAGGGCAGUUUGGAGAUACGCAAUCUUGAACUAGUAAAGGAUAAGGAAGGAGCUGAAAAAACAUGUCUAUCUGAAAAGAAAAAUCUAUCUAAGUUGCGACUUGAGUGGACCAACAAUCGAGAAGGUGACAACCACGACGAAGAUGUGUUAGAUGGCCUUCGACCCCACCCAAAUUUGAAGGAGUUGUCAAUUUCGAAUUUCAUGAGCGAUCAAUUUCCUCAAUGGUUAAUGGAUUUGCCAACAACACUCCCCAAGUUAGCGAGUUUGGAAUUUAAUUACUGCAACAGAUGCAGAGAACUGCUUCCCCUACAAAACUCUACGUCUCUUAAACAGCUGGAGAUUUGGGGUUGCCGUGGGUUGACGAAUCUGCCAGGUGACAUGCUACACUCUUGUGCCUCUCUCCAAAAGCUUCGGGUGGUUUGUUGCGACAAUCUUAUCUCCUUUCCGCUUGAUUUGCAACAAACGCCUUCUCUCUAGAAGCUGAAAUUAUUGUGGUGUCGCAAACUGAAAACAAGCAUGAUGCCCAAAGGAUUUGGUUUCCUAACCAGCUUAAGGGAGCUUACAAUUGGUCCCUUCUUAGAUGAUGGUGAUGAUCAUGAAAAUUCUUCAAUUUACAAUGAGUUUGAUUGGUCUGGAUUGAUAUCCUCCUCCUCCUCCUCUUCAUCAUCCGCACUCCGUGAAUUAUACUUAUAUGGGUUGCCACACAUGGAGUCCCUGCCACCUCAGAUCCAAUACUUGACCGCUCUCACGUCACUCGCGCUAGGUUACUUUGGAGGUAUAAAAGCUCUGCCAGAUUGGUUCGGAAACUUCGCUGCUCUUGAAGAACUAUAUUUAUAUGAUUUCAAAGAGCUUGGACAUCUACCCUCUGAGGAUGCCAUGAGAAGUCUCACCAAACUAAAAUGUCUGCACGUUUAUGGUUCUCCUGUGUUAAAAGAAAGAUGCACUCCUGAGAGCAGCAGCCCCGACUCCCAGUGGUCCAAAGUUACUCAUAUUCAAUAACUAGACAUAAGUGGUUAACAGUUCAUCUUCAAAUCGAAUUCAAUCAUAUAGCCAACACCUGAUAUCCUUAUCGUUGGAGCUUGUACACUAUCAAUCUAUCGUUUCAACCACAAGAAAGUUUUCGGUCUGUGUUCUGAUUGCUCAAUGACUGUCAGCUAGCCUAUAUGAGCUGCUCGGAAAAAAUUUCUUGCCCCCACUUAUCGGAUGCUUUUGAAGAGCCAUCAUUGCUAGGAGUUUCUGAUGAUCCUUAUUUACAGUUUGAUGAUUGUAGACACCAAAAAUUUCAUCGAUUCAGUUUUAGCUUUAUUCAUUCAAUUUUGACUUCCUUUGAUUCAAUUUUUAGUUUUAUUAUUAUUAUUUAUUCUUGUCUCAUAUUUAUUAUUUUUAAUUGAUUGGAGGUUGCAAAUGGUAAUUGAUGUUCAUUCUUAUUUUAAAUGCAUUAAAAUUCAUCAUUUUCUUUUUAAAGCAAUUUUACACUAAAUUUUAGGAAAAUCCCGAAUAAAGAUCCAUUUUAUCUUUUUAAAAUUUGAUUUUUUCUUGCUAAGGCAUUUUGCAAGGUAAUUUUUAAAAAUUAAGCAUGUUAAACAAGUGUGUCAAUUGCAUGUUGAACAAGUGUGCAAAUAAGCAUUAGACAAGUGGUUGAGGAAUGGUAGGACAAGUGUAUAGGGGGUAGCUGUCAAGGACACUUGGGGGGUUUUUUGGGGGGCAUCGGAAAAAAAGGAAGAAAAAACCCUCGAAGAGGCUUGAAAACAGGGGGAAGAGAAAAGAGCUAAAAAUAGAGGGGCCAAGCAGCGGGCAAGGGGAAAAAACAGAGGCUAGACAAAACAAGGGGAAGCUGGGGGCUAAGAAUCUGAGGAAAAAAGGGAAAAAACACGGAGAAAAGGCCGAGGAGGGUGGCGGCUAAAAGGGAGAGCAAAAAGCAAAAAGGCUUGAGAGCUGAGAGGGCAGGGGCGGCGGAAUUGCCGAGCAGGGGCAAAAGAACAAAAACAGAAAAAUUUCGUCCGAGAGCAAAAGAAAGGAAAGCAGGAAAAAAGAGGAACCGGGCGGCGGGCUGAGCAUAAAUGGAAGAAACAAUCAACGAAAAACAGCAAAAGGGAAAAUAGGGGAGGUUUUGGCCAAAAAGAACAGAGCGACAUGAAGAAUAGAGGAAAAGUCCCCGGCCGCGAACGGAAGCAGAGGAAGAAAGCUUCAGCAAAAAUAAAGGGCAAAUUCGAAAAGCUUGUAGCUGCUGCCGUUCACUGGAAUCACCAUUGCUCGCCACCGCAUCAGCGGAAUUCACCGCUGCCGCUCGUGAAUCUUUACCGUGAGAAACGAUUGAUUUCACUUCAGUGGGGCCCAAUUACAAGGGAGCGUGCGAGGCACAACCUCAAUGCCCAUCGGAUGGCUAAGAUAAGGGGCUGAGAGGAGGUUGAUUGCUGGCCAUUGAGAGCAGGUUUAGGGGAUUGGGAGAUGGUACAAAAAGGAAAGAAGACAUCAGCCGCAAGGAGAGCUUCAUCGUGGGGAGAGUUUUGCAGCUAACGGGAGCGGAAAGAAAAAACGGGAGCAAAACUGGACAGAGGGGAGAGCAAUGGGAGAGCUGAGGCUUCGGUGGGCUAAGGAAAGAAACCAGAAAAACGGAGAGGAGGAGCUUUGAGAGGAAAAAGAAAAGAAAGGGCAAGGUGGCGGCUGAAGCAAAUAGAUGUAGAAAGAAAGAGAUUGACGGCGUGGGUUCUGGAAGAAGGAAGAAGGAAAGCAGAGAGAGGAAGAGCUUGGGGAAGGAACCGUGAUAAGCAAGGAGGAAAUGAGCAAUGGACGGAGGAGAAGAAGGCUACGAACAAAAUUGGAACAGAAGUGAUAAAGCUGCAAUUUUUCUGACCAAAGGCCGGCUAUGAGCCAUGUUCCGGAUCAGAUUUCUCUUUGAUCUCUGGUUCUUUUAAGUAACUCUCAGUUUCUGCACUAACUAGGAAGUAAGGGGAGGAGGUUUCGUUCAGAAUUUGUUGGCAGAAAACAUCGAAUGAUCCUUUGAAUUCGCCCCCAAAGAUCGCUGCUUAAUUUUGCUGGUGCGGUUUCGGAGCCGAACGGGACAGCUUCGGCCGCUCUUUCAUGACGUUUCCUGUCCAGAUUUUGAUCCAAAAACGUUUGGGCAAGUACUCUCCUAGAUUGGUGUCUUAGUCCCUUUCCUUUUUGUUCUUUGUUGAAUCGUCAUUUUGAUUUUUCUUUCUGUUUAUUGUUGCUGUCUACGCUUUCAAAUCGGAAUUCAUUUCUGGUUCCUCCAUGUUAGCUUAAUUUGCCGAUCCUUUUGUUAGGAUAAUUUCUUAAAGAUAAAAUCCAGAAAUCUGGUUGUUGUUUCUGUGC